CAGAUAUAGUGAAUGCCGGGUCCGGGGAGACCAGAUAUAGUGAAUGCAGGGUCUGGGGAGACCAGAUAUAGGAGACCAGAUAUAGUGAAUGCAGGGUCCGGGGAGACCAGAUAUAGUGAAUGCAGGGUCCAGGGAGACCAGAUAGUGAAUGCAGGGUCCGUGGAGACCGGAUAUAGUGAAUGCAGGGUCCAGGGAGACCGGAUAUAGUGAAUGCAGGGUUCGGGGAGACCAGAUAUAGUGAAUGCAGGGUCCGGGAGACCAGAUAUAGUGAAUGCAGGGUCCAGGGAGACCGGAUAUAGUGAAUGCAGGGUUCGGGGAGACCAGAUAUAGUGAAUGCAGGGUCCGGAGAGACCGGAUAUAGUGAAUGCAGGGUCCAGGGAGACCAGAUAUAGUGAAUGCAGGGUCCAGGGAGACCAGAUAUAGUGAAUGCAGGGUCCAGGGAGACCAGAUAUAGUGUAUGCAUGGUCCGGGG